AUGUAUAUAGUUCUUGUAAAUUAUGGAAACAACAAAAAGUUGUCAGGAAAUGAUGGGAAAAUCAAUUUUCCCAUAACUUUUGCAGUGUUUAGUUACCAAGAAAAUUUAUAUCUUGUUGUGACUUUUGGACACAGUUCUAUAUGUAUUUUUAGUACUAUGCAGCAAAAUAAGACAUCUCAGUCACAAGUUGAACAGGUUGUUGAGUCUGGGCCGUGGCACUUUGGGGGUAAGUUGUUGAUGCUUAAACAGUGGCAACCUCAAAUGAAUCUUGUGAAGGAACAGUUCACUAAAAUCCCUCUUUGGGCACAUUUUUAUAAUGUCCCUCUUGAAUUGUGGACUGAAGAAGGGCUAAGCCGUGUGGCUAGUGCCAUAGGUAGACCAUUAUAUGCAGAUCGUCUUACUGAGUCAUGUAAGAGGAUUAAUUUUGCUAAAAUUUGUGUGGAAGUGGAUGCUUCCUCUCCAUUGCCUGAGCAAUUUGAUUUGACUCUUCCAUCUGGGGCUGUUUUCACAAUUCGGGUUUGGUAUCCUUGGAAACCUCUCAAGUGUAAUUCCUGUAAUGUCUUUGGCCAUAAGAAUUGUGUGGUCAAGACUGAUCAUAUAGGGCCAAAACAGCAAGUGUGGGUUGUGAAACCCUCCAUUAGCGCUGUUGGGGCUCCUUCUGUUGUUCCUGCGACGGACCUUCCUUAUUCUAUUGAGGUUCCUUGUAUGGGGGUUUCUUCUGCUAAGGAUGGGGUUUGUCCUACUCUCCUAAGUUCUGCUAAGGAUAAGGUUGUUUCAGCUGAUCCUUGUGUAUCUGUAGUUGUAGGGGCUGAGUCUGUUGCUGGUUCUCCUUCUGGUACUAAGGAUGGUGCCAAUAUGUUUUCUGUCCUCCAACAAACGGAGGAUGGGGUGAGUCAAAAGGGUGUUGAUUCUGGGGAUGAUCUUGAGAGUUUGCCUACUGAGGAGGAAUUUGUGGAUGGUCUAACCCAUGAUGUGAUUGUUACUUCUCCUGUUCCUAAAAAGAGAGGUCGAGGGAGAAGUAAAGGAGUUAAGAAGCCUGUGAAUAAUAGUCAGGUUUCUAGUGGUCCUGGUCCGGGGAGGGGUGGUAAGAAUCGUUCUUAA